AUGCCCCACCAAACAAUCCUCAGCCCCGUGGCCAGGUCGGCCGCUGCCGCCUCCGCCGCUGCCGAGGCGACCGCGACGAUUGCUACUCCAACAGGAUUCCGUCUCACCGCCCACAACCAAUACAACGCUACCCGCCUUGACGCCGCCCACCUCCCGCGCGACCCCUUCCCCCUCUUCCGCCUAUGGCUCCACGAAGCUCUCCGCCCCACCCACGGCCAGACCGCCGUCCGUGAACCUGAAGCCAUGACCCUCUCCACCGUCUCCUCGUCUGGCAUCCCCUCUUCCCGAGUUGUCCUCCUCAAAGAAAUCGACGACCACGGAUUCCUCUUCUUCACAAACUACGAAUCACGCAAAGCUUCCGAACUCGAGACGGGCCACGCUGCCCUCUCAUUCUACUGGAGAGAAGUCUCGCGCCAGAUCCGCGUCGUUGGCAUUGUCGAAAAAGUCUCACCGGAAGAAAGCCAGGCUUACUUUGCAACUCGGCCGCGCGGGUCACAGAUCGGCGCUUGGGCUUCCCCACAGAGUCGUAAGGUUGGCGAGGGGGAGAUGGAGCGUCGCGUGAAGGAGGUAGGAGACAAGUUUGCCGACGAGGUGCCGUGUCCACCCCACUGGGGCGGGUACCGCGUUGUCCCUGUCGAAAUCGAGUUUUGGGCUGGCCGACCCAGCCGCAUCCACGACCGCUUCGUAUACACCCGCCCAGACGCCAGCUCGCCAUGGACCGUCGAGCGGCGGGCCCCCUAA